GGGGUUGGGCAGGACACCUGGGGAGGGGAGUGCCCCUGUGUGACCCUGGACCUGCUCAGCCCUGUUCUGCAACCUCAUGCUGCCCUGUCUUGCCUCUGAUGAGCAGCCCAAGCCUCCAAGCCGACCUGCCACGGAAGACGGAACCGGGAGGGGUCGCCGGGGGCUUCCCUGCAGCAAGAGUGGGGCCUGGGCCUCCCCGCACCCGACAGCUGCCCCGUGUGGGACCUGGACCCUUCCUCCUACUGGGGCCAUGGACUGACCAGGGGACGAGGGGCUCCUCUCUCCCCACAGGUGCAGGGCCUGAGACCCGUGCAGCCAUCAUGCUGGCCCCAGGCAGCAGCCCUAAGCCAAGGACCAGGCUUGUCCUGCAGUGGAAGCCAAUCUCCUGGCUCACCUACUGGAUCGCUCUGUGUGCAGCCGAGGCCCUCCCCGCCUGCCCCUUCUCCUGCUCCUGUGAUAGCCGCAGCCUGGAGGUGGACUGCAGCGGCUUGGGCCUCACCGUGGUGCCCCCAGACGUGCCGGCCGCCACACGCACCCUCCUGCUCCAGAACAACAGGCUGAGCUCCCUGCCGAGCUGGGCCUUCGCCAACCUGUCCAGUCUGCAGCGGCUGGACCUCUCCAACAACUUCCUGGAUCGGCUGCCCCGUGCUGCCUUUGGGGACCUGGCCAACCUAACAGAGCUGCAGCUGCGCAACAACAGCCUCCGGGCCCUGGACCCUGAGUUGCUGCGGCACCUGCCGCGGCUGCGCCACCUCGACCUGUCCCUCAAUGGCCUGGCUCGCCUGCCACCUGGCCUCUUCGACGGGCUCCCGGCCCUGCGCUCCCUGUCGCUGCGUGCCAACCGCCUGCAGAGCCUGGACCGGCUGACCUUUGAGCCCCUGGCCAGCCUGCAGCUGCUGCAGGUCGGGGACAACCCCUGGGAGUGUGAUUGCCACCUGCGGGACUUCAAGCACUGGCUGGAGUGGUUCUCCUACCGAGGGGGGCGCCUGGACCAGCUGGCCUGCACCCUGCCCAAGGAGCUGAGGGGGAAGGACAUGCGUGUGGUCCCCAUGGAGAUGUUCAACUACUGUUCCCAGCUGGAGGACGAGAACAGCUCAGCUGGGCUGGAGGUCCCCGGGCCGCCCUGCACCAAGGCCAGCCUGGAGCCUGCCAAGCCCAAGCCAGGCCCUGAGCCUGAGCCCGAGCCCAGCACCGCCUGCCCCCAGAAGCAGAGGCCGCGGCCCGUGAGCGUGCGGCGGGCCAUCGGCACGGUGAUCAUCGCGGGGGUGGUUUGUGGCAUCGUCUGCAUCAUGAUGGUGGUGGCCGCUGCCUAUGGCUGCAUCUACGCCUCCCUCAUGGCCAAGUACCACAGGGAGCUCAAGAAGCGCCAGCCCCUGAUGGGUGACCCUGAAGGCGAGCACGAGGACCAGAAGCAGAUCUCCUCUGUGGCCUGAGAGCCCAGCAGGAGGUGGGGGAGAGCCCAGCCCACCUCCGUCUCUGUCCCUUUUCACUCUCUUUCCAGCCUGCCAGCAAAUGGGCCAGUGUCUCCGUGAACUCCUAAGUAUCUGGAAGCCACCAGUGUGCUGACACUCCUUUCCAGGCCACCAAACCUCCAGACCUCCGGCAGAAAAGACUGUGUGCAAGCAGAGGCUCCUAGGCCAGACCCCUGUGCCUCUUUGCCCAGGGUGUGGUCACAGCCUGGACGCUCCCCCCUCUGGCUUGACCCAUCCCGUCUUCAUUUGGGGGUGGGGAGGAAGGGGUGUGGGGGCCUGGUAGGUUCUGGGAUUCUCUCCUAACUGGGAAGAUGUUGGGUCCAGCUUUCAGAUGCUGGUACUAAUGUGCAGCCAGACUAGCCCUGCCAUCUGCACCUGGCAAGGUCAGCCCCGCUUUCUUCCUUGCUGACGCCUCAGUCCCUGCAUCACUGGCCACACCGCCCUCGGAUCACUGACCACUCUCACAAGCUCAGCGUCUUGCACACAGUCACACGGGGACAGAGAUUGUGGGACCCUGGCGGGGGGUGCAGAGCCAUGCGUCCCUGGUCGUCUCCAGCCCUCAGACCACACAACCUGCUGCUUGUUUAUGCAAUCUUCUCCAGCCGAUGGGAGAAACCCACACCCGCAACAAAGGAUUCCUUUCAGAUCCUCUCCAGAGGCCAAGGUAGUGCUGUGGAUGAGACUGCCCGUCACCAUGGAAACUCGCUCACACCUCUCCUGCGGGGAUGUCCAGGGACUCCAGCCCAGAGGCCUUGGCGCUGCAGCGCCUAUGGAUGGCAGCCUCCCAAGAGCCCACCACAGAUCACCGGGCUUGUCCUCAGUGCCACCUAAGCACAUCAUCACUGCCAGGCCCCGUGGGGACCCCAUCACAUCCACGCCUGCAGCCUGCAGCCCAAGAGCCGUCGCCCUGCACUUCUCACCCUUCCACAUCAGCAUCUCUGGGCCCGUGACCUCGGGGGCAAGGACUGAGUCAUGAUCUGUGAUGGACCCACCAACACAUCCCACACAGACCACGAGAGCAGGGAAAGGACGCUCAUGUUCUGCUCUGACACAUCAGUAAUGGGGUCCCUUUUUCCCCCAGCAUUUCGUCAGCUCAGUCUGCUUUCCCAGAGCCCUCUGUAGCACCUGGACUUGGGCCUGAACCAGAGCAUGGGCCAGGGGUCCACCUGCUCUUCACCUGUGACCCACAGCAAAGGGGCAGAGACGGGGGGCAGGGCUGGGAAGGGGGCAGUGCAGGGUGAGGGUCACUCUCUCCUCUACGAGGGCUGCCCCUACUGGUGACUGUGACCCUAGGGAGUCCUGGGUCCCUGGCCUCCCUCUGCAGGACACCAGUGUCCUCUUGGCUGCAUCAGGCUGGUUUCUGGCUCUGGGACAAGGGUCUUGGGGGUGGCCUGCGGAGGCUGCCAGAACCCGUCUGAGGCAGGGCAGGGACAGAGAUACCAGGUACAAGCUGCCCCACCAGGCUGGCCCAGUCUUCCUUCUUGCAGGUGCUGGCUGACAGCAGAUCUGGGGGUUUUCUAAGGGGAGUGGGGAGAAGGCUGGCAUUGUCAAUGGUGGUAUCUUCAGCCUGAGAUAGACGAUUUUUAAAGGCAAAAUUAUAUUUCUGGUUUGUUGUUUCAGAUGACCAAUAAAGACUGUAUUUUCCUAUGUA